GGAGAAAAUGCAGAGGCGCGUCAUGUCCUUUAUCCUGUGAGCAGCUGUCAUGUCAACAGACUCAGUAUUUCGGUGUCUCCAGAUAUAAUCCAGAGUUCAUUUUGGCCUAGCAGCUCUGAUUCAGUCUGAAGCAGGAAGAGAGCCUGGAGAUGGAGCUGCAGCAGGCUGUGAACGGAGCCGCGGAGGAAGAAGAGGAGGUGGCAUUAGAUGUUCAGGUCACUGAUUUACUGAACGCCCUGAUCGCCUGGAAGGUCCCGGAUGAUCUGUUCACCGUCAGCAGUCUGAAGGCCAGCUUUGAGUCCCUGUUCCGUUCAUUUGACCCAGAAGUUCAGUUCCAGUAUUUCCGGUCAUUUCGACGGGUCAGGAUCAGCUUCAGAGAUGCUCUGGCAGCAGCUCAGGCAAGGCUCAGGCUGCACAAGACAGAGUUCAAUGGGAAAGAGAUGAGACUGUACUUUCCUCAGUCUGUCCACAUUGGGAGUCCUCGUCUGGAGCCUCCAAAGCCGGAGAAGCAGUUCCUUAUCUCCCCUCCAGCCUCCCCUCCAGUCGGCUGGGAACAGUCUCAUGAUGCCACACCAGUCAUCAACUACGACCUGCUGUGUGCCAUCUCCACACUUGGACCAGGAGAGAAGUAUGAACUUCACACGGCCACGCCCACUACCCCCAGCGUGGUCGUCCAUGUGUGUGAGGAUGAGCAUGCUGACGGUUCGGCGGCUCCCGACAGUGACCAGGAGGACAAGCCCUGUCCCCCCCGGCCAAAGAUCAUCCAGACUCGACGUCCCGACUACACCCCCAGGGUGGAGCAGUGAACAGUGACCACAACAGAGUGCAAAGUUUUAUCAUGAAGUCAUUGGUCAAGAGCUGACCAUGCUCUCACAAAGAUUCUUUGACGGUUAGGGGGAUUUAAGAGCGCCCUCUAGGGAGCGAAGGUAUCCUGGUGAGGGGCGUGUCUUCUAAGAUGGAGACAGAAAACUAGCUGCUGAUUGGACCGUUGUCCAAUGGGAACUACAUUAUGAGAGUUUCCUGUUAGAACCAAUUGAGCUUAGCCAUCAGAUGAUAUUUAGUGUUUGGGUUUGAGGGCUGAAGGAAAUGUUACUGUUGCAUCAUUGUAAAAACUUUGUCCUCAUCCAGCUUGCCUGAUUUUCCACUUUGGUGAAAUCCAGUGUUAAAUGAGGCCCAGCCUAAAUCAUCCAUUCACUUUAUUGUAUGGUUGCUUUAAUUUCCGAUAUGAACAAAGUGUUGGUCAGGUGACUGGAACUGAAGGAGCGAAUUCUUGCUGCUGAUGAACUCUUUUGUCCUGCUUUGCCAGGUGACUUUGCUACUGUUUCAUCUGAUGACUGAGCUUUACAUAUCUGCUCUGUUGAACCAAGCAGGCACCCAUACUUCCUGUGGCAGCAUUUCCUUCUGCAACAGAAAGCCAAGCAGGGGUGGCCUCUUUCCAGAUGGAUGUAUUUAGUGUUGGUAGGUUGGAAAAUCCAGGCUCCAGAAAGCUUUUGUUUGUGCUGGGAUUUUGUGUGAGAUCAUCAUAUGAAUGUUUCCUGCAGCGUCACAGCAUGACUAAAGUAUUCUCACCUUCUGACCUUUCAGCUUCAUGUCUUUUAGUAAAAAUAAAAACAGAGGGAGAACAAAGUAAAAGUUUUUUUCAUUAUUAUUAUUAUUAUUAAUACUGUGGUUGGACCUGGACAGAAUGUGGAGAAGCUCAGUGGGGUGUGAAUACCUUUUUUGACUGUGUGUCCUGCUCUAACUGUUAACAUGUAACAGAAAACACACAUUUGCACAGAUGUAAUUUUAGUCAGGGUGUGCAGACCUGAUGUACCCGUGUUGUCUUCAGUGUUAGCAUCACUUAAUGAAUGGACAUAACCACCAGGUUGUCUAAUAGCUUCUGGAAAUAUGUUUAUUAAUGACAGAGAUCACACUCUGUAGGGAAUGUUAUUUUCUUUGUUUAAAAAGUGAUAGUGAUUAAUGCCUAUAUAAAUGCUGAUCACUUGACAAUGUUAUAUAUGUGCAAGUUACAGGGGGCUCUGGGUUAGCAGCACUGUGAGAAAACAUUUGAACCCUGCAAAAGGCUCUGUGUCUUCUUUGUUUUAGUCCUGGUACAUUUAUUUUGAUAAAUAUAACUUACUGUUUGUGGAACAACAAUAAAUAGAAGUUUGAGAAACUUC